UGGAGUUGUUUUGUGUGACAGAGCUGCGGGAGGGUUGUGUCGUGAAGGAGCGCUCCCCCCGCCGGGACAGUGGCGCGGGAGGAGGGGGCAGUUCCGAGGGGUCGCCCGGGCUAUCGGAUCCGGGAUCUGCUCACAUUUAUAACCAGACAGGCGCAGGCUUGUUCUGGGGGGGGGGCAGAGCUGAGCCGGACGGACCGACACGCUUUUCACUUUCUUCCGAACUUUUAUUGAUUGAACUCGGACGAUUUCAAGUAUCGUGGGGAAAGUUUGAAACAACUGAAAGAAAAAAUAAAAAGUUUAACUUCGGGUCCGGAUCCUUUAUCUCGCGUCCUUCUAUUUGACUUUUAAUCAUCUUUGUGCACAAAAAAACCCAAACUGCUUGUAACUCCAACGUUGUUCUCUCGCCGCAGCGGAGCCGAGCGUCGUCGACAUGGACAAAUACGAGGAUUUCGGACUGGAGGCGAGUAAGUUCAUCGAGGACCUGAACAUGUACGAGGCGUCCCGCGACGGCUUGUUCCGCAUGAGGAGGGACGCGGGCAACAACCCCGACUUCGAGGAGACGCGCAGAGUCUUCGCCAACAAAAUGACGAAGAUACACAUGCAGAAGCAGCAAGAGGAGAUGGCGAAGACGACCCAGGCCAUCAAAAUGAAUGGGGGUCACGGCAGCGCGUAUUACACCAAAGACAGGCCGCCCAUCAACAGCUCCAGGCCGCCGGGCGAGGCGGCAGCCAAGCCCCCGAUCCUGUCUGGUCCCGUGUCGGGCACCGCGGCCGGGAGUCAGUACGCGCCGCCGGACGGACACAAACACCACGCGGGCAUCCUGCCUGACCCUCCUGCAGACAGGGCCCACUGCUACGGAAACACUCACGAUAGUAAGGAGCGUUUAGAGCCACACUCGUACCAGCACAGCAGCCCCACUCCUCCCCCCAGCCCCGGAAACGCGUCCCAUGGCGCGCCCGCACAUGCCCGUCACCCGGCCGGCCAGCCGGCCGCCUGGGCCCCGUGCAGAGAGAGCCAGCGUUCUCCAACUCUGUCUGGCUCCGGGAGCAGCACUCCAUCUCAGCAGCAGCAGCAGCAGCAGCAGCAACAGCAACGCCUGCCCGCACCACCCACCGUCAACAGUCUUGCAUCCCAGCAGAAUCAGGCCGGCAGCCCUCCUGUACACCGGAGUCCACCCUCCUCUGCCGGGCCAGCCAUCAGGGGAUGGGCCGGAGAGCCCUCUGGAUCUGCAAAACCAGACCUCAUCCCCGCCCUGCCUUUGAGUGCCUUCACGGGAGGAGCAGAUUUCCACGUGCAGCAGGCCUCCGCACAGCCCGCGGCACACUGUGCACCACCUUCUCCAAUUUUGAGAUCCCCCACAAGCCACAAUGGCCCCGCGUCAGCCUCCUCAAUGCCACCUGCAGCCUCUGAGACACCUCAACCCAAAGCCCAGGUGACAUCCGCCGCCUUGAGCCAUGGCAACGUGUCCAAAAGCAGCAGCAGCAGCCAGGGUCAAGGUCACAGCCAGACACCCAGCUGUGGACAGGCUGCCCGCGUUGAAGCCGAAGUCGUGUGUUCCGCCAAGGCGAUCCAGCAACCCUGCCAGUCCCUCCUCAUGCAUCCCCCCGAGCAGGGGCCCUCGGCCGCGGAAAUAAAACUAGAAGCUCUCACUCAACGUCUGGAGAAAGAGAUGGAUGCCCAACCGAAGGCAGACUACUUUGGACUCUGUGUCAAGUGUAACAAGCCAGUGUAUGGAGCCAACCAGGCCUGCCAGGCAAUGGGCAGCCUCUACCACGACAGCUGCUUCACCUGCAGUGCCUGUAGUCGAAAGCUUAGAGGGAAGGCUUUCUACUAUGUCGGAGGAAAGGUUUUCUGCGAAGAGGACUUUCUGUACUCUGGUUUCCAACAGUCUGCGGACAAGUGCAACGCUUGUGGACAUCUGAUUAUGGACAUGAUCCUGCAGGCCCUCGGGAAGUCCUACCACCCCGGGUGCUUCCGCUGUGUGGUCUGUAAUGAGAGCCUUGAUGGAGUGCCCUUCACCGUGGACACUGAAAAUAAGAUCUACUGUGUCAAAGACUACCACAGGGUCCUGGCCCCGAAAUGUGCAGUCUGUAACCAGCCCAUCCUGCCCUCAGAGGGGUCUGAUGAGACCGUUCGCGUUGUAUCCAUGGACAAAGACUAUCAUGUGGAAUGCUAUCACUGUGAGGAUUGUAAGAUGGAGCUUAACGACGAGGAGGGUCACCGCUGCUACCCACUGAACGGCCACCUUCUCUGCCACUCCUGCCACCUGAAGCACAUCGAGCCUGGCUGCUCCUCUUCCAUCCCCGCCUCCUCCUUCUAACACUCCUGUGGGCGAAGGAGGACACCUGGUGGAUGUAAUAAACAACUGCCAAAGAGUGACUUGAACUGCAGGAGCAGAAAUGUACAAUUCUUGUUGUAGAGGAUUGAUCGAUUUAAUGCCUCAAAUUAUACUAUGGUUAGAUGUGUAUUUGGAUGGGAGCUAUAAUGAAGUCUUCAUAAUGUAGAACCUAAAGAGGUUACGACCCAGUAAUGAAGAAUUGUAAUCUACCAAAAGCCUACUUUGAAUGCAGUGAAGCAUUGCGCGGUACCUGCUCCAUACCAACUUUGCAGAAGUGUUGCCAUGUGAUUAUUUUGUAUUUAAAUAUCAGUUGCAUUGGCUGUAAAUAUCUUAUAGUCAAUUUGUUUUAGAUACAGUGUGCCUAUUUCUCCACAUACACAUUUCUGCUGUGAAAUUAAAGUUCAAAAUGGAUCUGCAAAUCCUCUGUCCAAAGGUUCUACUAAUGAUAAUUUACAAAAAACAAUGCGAAGGUGAAAUCCACAGAAAUGGCUGGUACCUAAUGUUUCAGUUGGAUAGGAAGGAUAAUCUACUGAUCUACUGUCGUUUGAUGAGUAUCGGUUCAGUAAUGUGACACUGCUUCAUGCAAUCAGGAAAGGAUAUUGUUUUUUUAUGCCGACUCUUCCUCCUCUCCAGAAGGAGGAAACAAGUUUCUCCAUGCAAUAUUAACAGUUUGUGCAUAUUUAUACAUAAGGAAGACACAAUGUGUUUUUUAUUACUGAAUUUUAUUUGAAUCUGAUGUGUUUGUUUUCUCCAUACAGUGGUUACCAGUGGUUGCGUUGGAGGAACUGACGACAUAGAAAGGCCUCAUUGUGUUGAGCUGCAGGUUAAUAUUUCAAAUGCAAACACUGGUAUGGAAUAAGUUAUAUCUGAUAAUAACUUCUGAACACAACCAUUUCAAAGAAAUGUUGAACAAUUUCAUUAUCCUCCAGGUUACCAUGCCUUCGUAAACUCAAAAUAAUUUUAGGACAUUUCCUUUUUGUUAAGCUUAAGCAAGAAUGCUGAGGAUUGUCAGGUUAAAACAGUCGACGUUUGUCACAUGCCGCCUGUUAGCACUUAGAGAUACAUGUGAGUUUUCUAUGCACCAAAGAGGAGAUAAUAGUUGGUCUUGAAUUUCCUUUUGUUUCAUGUGUGCAAAACUCCUUUAAUACUAAUUUGAGUGAAGUUUUUAUUGCUGAUACCUUUGUCAUCCAAAUGUUUUUUGUCUUCGGUUUACUAACUUAAUACUUUAAUAUCAUUUGAGGUCCUUCUUUCAUAGCCGACUGCAAAUUAAGAUGAAGAGCAAACAUUUACACAUGUGCUGUAAAGAAUAUAUUUAAUAAAUGCAUUGCAAAUGAAAGACUUACAUGUUUGAUUUGGCUUUGAUUUGAAAUGAAAAAUUCACUUGCGAACAAUAUAAUGUUCUUUUUUUCCAUCCCAGAAAGUUGGAGAAAAAAUGGAGAAAAAGGCUCUAAUAAUGGUCAUAGCUUGAUAUUAUAAUUCUCCUCAGUCUAACUCAGGAUGCAGAGGAUGUAAGAGGAAGCUGGGGACAUGAAGUGUUCGUAGGACUUUAUAUCUGCUCUGCAACAGUCUGUAAUAUUUGGCGGCAUCUGGUGGUGAAGUUGUGAACUGCAACCAUCUGAGCACCCCAUAGUCACAUCAUGUGACUCAGUAGUGUGUAUUGCCCCUGCGCGUGCGCGUGCGUGCGUGCUUCUCCCUAGGAAGUUGUACCUUCGCUGGUGUAUGUCUGAGAUCCCAGUUCUUAGCCUUUGAUGACUUUGAUCUCAAGAGUGGGUGUGUGCCAAAUCACAGGAGUAUGUAUGCCUAUGAUCCUUUGAUUUCAGGAGUGUGUAUAGUGUGUACACUAGAUCACAGGAAUGUAUACCUUUGAUCCUUACACUAACAAGGAUAGCUAAUUUAACAAUUAUCGAGAAUAGGAAUGAACAUUCAUUAACCCAUAAAUCUGAUAAGUAAAUACACACACCUGUAGCCAGCAGAACACUGUGAUAGAGACAUGGCCUAAUCUAUUUUUCCAUUACACAAAUCCCUUAGCAUCCUUAUCAAGGCUGCUUAUGUACAGGCCCCAGAAUUUGGUGCUUCACCACUGAAAGUCAUGCCCCUGAUGAGUCAGCAGAUGGUAUCCUGGGGGAUCUCCUCCCAGACCUGGACCAGGGCAUCAGUGAGCUCCUGGGCGGUCUGUGGCGAUACUUGGCAUCACUUGAUGCAAACCAUCUUGCGAACGCACGUAUGGAUGUGCCAUUCUGGAGGAGUUGGACUACCUGUGCAGCCUGAUUGGGGUGCAGGUAAAGCCUCAUGCUACCAGUUCUGACAAGGACACUAGCCUGUUAAUCUUUGAAUAGGUCACGGAACUGAAAAUAAACUCUUCACUGCCUUGUGUCACCACGGACGUAAACCUGAAGACAAAGUGAUCAGUGAAGUGUCCUUUCCUAUAGCCUACUGAGUUAGAACUUGUGUACAAGUCAGAAAAUCCUUUGGUUAAGUCAAGGCCUCAUUAAUCUAUAACAGAUUUUGUUUUUCUUUUCAAGCUCUCCAGUGUGGGUUUUGUUUGGCACCAGCAUGUAGGUGUGGUCAUGUUAAUAAAAAUGAAGGUUUAAGCUAUUAGUUAUACAGUAAGAACAUUCACAAAAGACCAUUACUCUGCAGAAUGCAUACACCCUAACCCAUACAUACUCACCAAAGUGGCCAAUGAAAAGACAGAUGACUUCAUCUGUCCCGAGUGGAAGCGUUGGUUAUAAGAUCACCUCAGAUACAAAAAACUUUCACAUGCUGUGAAUGUUGGGAAUACUAAACUAACAUGCAGUCAGUUACUUCACAUAGAUAUUCAGGCGGCAUAUUGCAUUAAAAUUUCUCUUAAAGAUUAAAA